UUUAACAUGUCUAAUUUUGACGUUACAAUGUUCUUACAAACAAAGGAAGUAUUGGAAUAGAUGGAUGUACACUCCACGAUCGCCAUUGGAGGCUUUGCAGUAGAGAAUUGUAGGUUAUUUCUGAACCAGUUGAAGCUCAAUCCUCUGUUUACUUCGAGACCUUAAAUUGAUGCGGAAAGCGUCAUAAAGAAGAUAGGGAAUAUUGACGUUGUGAAAGGGAGUCGGAAAUGGCCGGAAAGACUAUGAGCGACGCGAGCAGUAGUACUAUUGGUGGUGCAGAGAGAGGGGAAAGCGUUGUGUAUGACUGUAGAAGACGAAAAUCCUCGUGCGGUUAUUGCAAAUCUGGUUCUCGCGGCAGCAUCACUCACGGUUUAUGGGCUCCAGAUAAUCUUACCGUUGAUGAUUAUCAAGAUCUCCUUGAUCGUGGCUGGAGAAGAUCUGGCUGUUACCUCUACAAACCCGAGAUGGAAAGAACAUGUUGCCCUUCUUAUACAAUCCGUUUAAAGGCAUCUGACUUUGUUCCAUCUAAAGAUCAACUACGAGUGUCUAGACGGUUUCAAAGGUUUCUAGAUGGUGCCUUGGAGCAUGAUAAAGCAGUCGAACACUCAGAAGUUUCAAGUACUUCCGAGGGUGGAAGUCAUGCACUUAAUGGGGAAUCUCACUCAGUAGGAAAGAACUCAAUGUCCUUUAAAAAUGAAGAAAAUGAGGAAGACCGCUUUAUGCUUCAUCUGUCUGAUAUAGUUGCUGAUUCCAUAAGGUUAUACACCAAAAACAUUGUUCUUCCUCGUAGCAUACAGAUUCCAAAAGCUUCUGUCAAGAGGGUUUCCCAUGCAAAGAAAAAACUGCUUGUUCAAGGAUCUCAGAAUCUUAUAUACUCCUGCAAUGUUGCAUUCCAAUUGUCUGCCAGCAUAAGGCGUGCUCAAGUUGGUGAAAUGAAAAUUGAUAACUUAGCAUCAUCAGAGAGUAAUACAGCAGAAACUGGGUUCAUACCUAAAAUAAUAGCUGAAAAGUUGGUAAAUCAUUUGAGCCAGGUUGAUGAGCUAUCCAGUUUCUCAAUCAAACCAUGCAAUGGACAUAUUAAUUUUUAUUCUGAAGAAGGUGAAGCUUCCUUCCCGAAGAGUGCUGAAAAGGCUAACAUUUCUCAGGAAACUGCUAGAGCCAGAAGUAAAGAUUCCAGUAUGGAAAAGAACCCUAAAUGUUCAUUACCGAAGAGACGUAAGUUUGAGCUACGCCUGAAAAGGUCCAGUUUUGAUCCUGUGGAAUACGCUUUGUACAGACGGUAUCAGCUUGUUGUGCACAAUGAUACUCCAGAUCGCAUAUCAGAAGCCUCAUAUAGGAAUUUUCUGGUGGACACCCCCCUCAACUUUGUUCCCUCAACUGGUGAUGGUACAGUUCCUCCCUGCGGUUUUGGUUCUUUUCACCAGCAAUAUUUGAUUGAUGGAAAGUUAGUUGCAGUUGGUGUUGUAGACAUCCUUCCAAGAUGUUUAUCGAGUAAAUAUCUAUUCUGGGACCCUGCCUAUGCUUUCCUAUCUCUGGGCAAGUAUUCAGCCUUGCAAGAAAUAGAAUGGGUAAAACAAAAUCAAAUGCAUUGUGCGAGUCUUCAAUAUUAUUAUCUUGGUUAUUAUAUUCACAACUGCGGAAAGAUGAGAUAUAAGGCAACAUAUCGCCCAUCGGAGCUUCUUUGUCCCCUUCGUUACACGUGGGUUCCAUUUGAUGCCGUGAAGCCAUUGCUCAAUCAAAAGUCUUAUGUAGUCUUAUCAGAUUCUUCACUCCAACAAAAUGGGGAAUCAUCACUUCCCAAGGUACCUAAUGAUAUGGAACUUGAACAAAAUGCUGAUUUCCUGGAAGAACCAGAUGAUGUUAAUAUGGAUGAGGAUGGGGAAAUGGCUGAGGCUUACUCGGAUAGUUCUGAUGAGGAUUUGGACUCAGAUAGCAGUGGCCUGCCCUCCUCUGACAUGGAAGAUCAAGAUGUCACAAAUAUUUUAAUCGGCAUAGGCGACUCCCGUAUGAGAUAUAAGGAUAUACAACAAGCCAUCUCCCCCUCUGGAAGGAGUUACUUAGAAAAUCAGCUGAUUAGAUACAAGAGAGUGGUUGGUAAAGAGCUUUCGGAAAGGAUAGUUUACAUACUUCGAUGACCUGUAAAUGCAGCAUUGUAGACUUCGAUUCUUGAAGUUCUCUGUGGGCUCUUUCUGUUGAUUGUUUAUACAUUUGCUCUGUCAACUAUAUUUGAAAUUACACUGCAGACAGUUGAGGCAUCUGAGUCCUUCCAGUUUCAUUCUCAAAUGAGGAAUGUUUUUGGAGUUAUAUAUAUAUACACGGAUAGAUAUCAAUGAGGUGAAGCAGUAUGAUUCUGGGAUGCGCUACCCUUCAGCAUGGAUGUUUUUAUGUGAAAUUUGUUUCUUAUGAAUUUUGUUGGAGCAAAUGGUGAUUAAAUGUUUAUCUGGGAUGGGAACAGUUCAAUUGGUAUAUUAAACAAUUUUUGCUGUUGGUAGUACAAAGUUCCAAUUAAGAUAAUACGUUCAUGUUA